UAAGUCAUGUCCAGAUCGGGUGACAGAACAUCCACCUUUGACCCGACACACAGUGACACCCUGCUACACGGGCUCAACCUCCUGUGGAGGAAGCAGCUUUUCUGUGAUGUGACUCUCACAGCUCAGGGGCAGCAGUUCCAUUGCCACAAAGCAGUGCUAGCCUCCUGCUCACAGUACUUCAGAUCUCUGUUCUCUAGUCACACGCUCAACAACGAGGGUCUGGCAGGAAAGGACCAGGGGAGCAGCGGAACACCCUCCUCCUCCCCCGAUGACAAGCUCUUGCCGAGCACUCGGUCCAUCAACAACUUGGUGCUGCAGGGCUGCUCCUCCAUAGGACUGCGGCUGGUGCUGGAGUAUCUGUACACUGCCAACGUCACCCUGUCUCUGGACACAGUGGAAGAGGUGCUCUCUGUCAGCAAGAUCCUCAACAUUCCCCAGAUCACCAAGCUCAGUGUGCAGUUUCUCAACGACCAGAUCUCUGUGCAGAACUACAAGCAGAUCUGCAAGAUUGCUGCCCUUCACGGGCUGGAUGAGACUAAGAAGCUCGCCAACAAGUACCUGGUGGAGGAUGUGCUCCUGUUGAACUUUGAGGAGAUGUGUGCCAUGCUGGACUCCUUGCCGCCGCCUGUGGAGUCGGAGCUGGCCCUCUUCCAGAUGUCGGUUCUGUGGCUGGAGCAUGACCGGGAGACCCGCAUGCACUACGCCCCGGACCUGAUGAAGAGGCUGCGCUUCGCCCUCAUCCCUGCUGCGGAGCUGGUGGAGAGGGUGCAGUCCGUGGAUUUUAUGAGAAGUGACCCUGUGUGUCAGAAGUUACUUCUGGAUGCUAUGAACUACCACCUUAUGCCCUUCAGGCAGCACUGCAGGCAGACAAUGGCUAGCAGAAUUCGCUCAAACAAAAGAAUGCUGCUCCUUGUUGGUGGCCUACCCCCAGGGCCUGAUCGCCUCCCCAGUAAUCUGGUUCAGUACUAUGACGACGAGAAGAAAACGUGGAAGAUCCUGACAUUAAUGCCUUAUAACAGUGCCCAUCACUGUGUGGUAGAAGUGGAGAACUUCCUGCUCCUGCUGGGAGGAGAGGAUCAGUGGAACCCCAAUGGAAAACACAGCACUAACUUCGUCAGCCGAUAUGACCCACGAUUCAACAGCUGGAUCCAACUCCCACCAAUGCAGGAGAGGAGAGCCAGUUUCUUCGCCUGCUGCCUAGACAAGCAUCUGUAUGUGAUUGGAGGGCGGAAUGAGACAGGCUACCUGUCCAGUGUGGAGUCCUAUAACCUGGAGACAAAUGAGUGGAACUACGUGUCCUCCCUGCCGCAGCCUCUGGCCGCUCAUGCCGGGGCUGUUCACAAUGGCAAGAUCUAUAUAUCAGGCGGGGUACAUAAUGGAGAGUAUGUGUCCUGGCUGUACUGUUAUGAUCCUGUGAUGGACGUGUGGGCGCGGAAACAGGAUAUGAACACAAAGCGUGCCAUUCACGUCUUAGCAGGAAUGAACGACCGCCUCUACGCUAUUGGUGGAAAUCAUCUCAAAGGUUUCUCCCAUCUGGACGUCAUGCUGGUCGAGUGCUAUGACCCUAAAGCAGACCAGUGGAAUAUUCUCCAAACCCCAAUCCUGGAGGGCCGCAGUGGCCCAGGCUGUGCGGUGCUUGAUGACAGCAUUUUCCUGGUCGGAGGCUACAGCUGGAGCAUGGGAGCCUACAAGUCGUCCACCAUCUGCUACAGUCCGGAGAAGGGCACGUGGACGGAGCUGGAGGGUGAGGUGGCCGAGCCCCUGGCAGGACCUGCCUGUGCCACCGUGAUUCUGCCUGCCUGCCUACCUUUCAACAAAUGA